ACUAUCGCACCGCAUUCUGCAACAAUCCACAGCAGAAGGUGGAGUCGGCCUGCCGGACAUACAUGCCUACUAUAAGGCAGCUAUUCUAGAAGCAGCAGUAAAGCUGCAUACUAACAAAGGAAUUUACCAAUGGGUGGACAUGGAAGCCGCCCAAUUAGGCACAACACCGCUGGUCGAUCUCCUAUGGACCCCCAAAAUACAUCGGCCCAAAGACAAAACCCCCUUCCCAACCACUUCCCUAACCAUGCACCACUGGGACAAAAUACGUCACAAACAUAAUGUUACACACAAAUUCCACCCACGCACACCACUGACAGCGCUAAAAGCAAUCUCACCUUGGCUCUCAUUAAAUUCAUGGGUCAAAAUGGGAAUUACCACCAUAGAACAAACUAUGAAUUGCAACCACAUUAAACCCUUCCCAGACCUACAGCAGGAAUUCAAACUCACCAACUCCUCG